AUGGAAGAGACCGAGCCUCCCUUCACCUCAGAAAUCAUGGACGAGGUGAUGCCAUCGAGGUUCAGGAUGCCUCCUGUCAUCCAAUUCUCCAGAUCCGGAGACCCCUCGGAGCAUGUGGAGUCAUACCGUUCGUGGAUGCAGAUCCAGUCAGCCACAGAUGCCAUGAUGUGUCGAGCCUUCUCAAUAACUCUCUCCGAGUCUGCUCGGAGUUGGUACCGACAACUUAAACCAAAAUCGAUCAGCUCCUUCUCAGAGCUCAGCAGAAUGUUCCUUACCCAGUUCAUCUCUGGUAAGAAGAGUUGGAAGCCGACUACCCAUCUGUUCACCCUCAAGCAGGGGAACAAAGAACCGUUGAAGGAUUAUAUUGCCCGCUUCAACGAGGAGCUAUUAUUAGUGGAAGAUUACAACGACAAAAUGACGCUUUCGGCCAUGUUUAGCGGACUCAAAGAAGGGAAGUUUACCUUCUCAAUCGGGAAAAAUCCACCGACUACCUUGGCCGAGCUCAUUAGCAGGGCUCAGAAGUAUACCAAUGCCGAGGAAUUCUCCAACUCCUGCAGGAACAUUAAAGCAGCCAAAGCAUCGUCAAAAGAAAAGAGGUCGAGGAACAAAGAACCUCAGUCAUCCAACAAAAAACCUGAUGACCGAGCCCCUCGUAAUCAUGGGCCGAGCCGGAGGCCCGAAGGCAAAUUCCGUUCUUACACCUCUCUCAACAUCUCUACGGGGUAG